AUGUCAUUUGAAAAGAAAAAAUUUCUUCCAAAAGUUCGAGAUUUUAAAAUUUGGCCAGAUAAAGAUAUGACCGAUGUACAACAAUUACCAUCAUUAUCAUCGGCGACGGCAUCUGGCAUAUCAUUACAGCAAUAUUCGACGAUAACAACUUCUGACCGAGCAACAUUAAAAAUCGAAAUACCAUUUACUGACCAUGCACAUUGUAUUGGACGACAAGGAAAUCAAAUUCAGACAAUUAUGAGUUCAACCGACACACAUAUUCAUUUUCCCGAUGGUAAUCGUGAUCCAAACGGUAUAAAAUCCAAUCAGGUAUCAAUAUCCGGUUCAAUAACGGCCAUCGAACAAGCUCGACAACGAAUACGUGAAAUUCUUCCAAUGUCACUAAAAUUUUUGAUACCCCCAAGUCAAUUAUUGAAUAUUGUAAAUGACGAAUAUCCAUUAUUUAAAAAUGUUCGAACACGUUUUAAUGUUGUUGUUAUGCCAAGACCUUAUGCUAAAACGGGUGAAGUUUAUUGCAUUGUUCGUGGAAUGAUAAAUCAACCUGGAUUAGCUGAAGGUGCCGAAUAUUUGAUUCAAUCAUUUUAUGGUUGUGAAGCUCCAUUAGUCACUGUAACGUGUCAAACAGAAAUAAGUGAACAGUAUCAUGUUUAUUUACAAACACGUCAACAACCAAAAGAUCUUUGUAUUUCAUCUAUUGAACUUUAUACACGAACACAAAUACAAUUUCCAUUGUGUGCAUCACAACAACAAGAUAUGUCAAAUUCAUCAUCGUAUGCUCGUCGUACAUCAGUGAUUAUUGUGGGAUCUCCGGCAAAUGUUUGUUUAGCUAGACAAUUACUUGACUUUUGUUUACCCAUUAUAUUGACUUUUGAAAUACUACCUGACAAAGAGCCAAGUCGAUUUCUCACAGCUCAAUUAAAAGACAAACUGAAUGUAACAACGACAUUACGAACGCGAAAAGAUAAAAUUGGAAAACUAGUCACUGUUCAAUCGCAAGAAUGGAAUGUUGAUAAUUUAUAUCGAGCAAGAUCAAGUAUGCUUGGAUUUUUGCAAGAUGAAUUAUUGCUGAAAACAUCAGUCACUAAUAAUGAUAUUCAACCACCACUAUCAAAUGUUGAUUUAUUUGAUUUAAGAUUAAAAUUAAACGAUGGUACUGCAUUUGGACAUGAUUUAACAACUCAAACGACAGUUCUGUUAACGCCGUCAAAUUUUCCCGAUAUUUAUAUUCCACUUGAAACUGGUAGUGCUUCAUGUUAUAUAUCGGAUCAUGACUCAAAAUCUAUUAAUAAUUCGUCCAUAAUAGCAGCAUUACCACCACCUCCACCGCCACCACCGUUAUUACCACCUCCACCACAGUUGUAUGUAACUAUGAACUUUCUCAUUAACCAAUUUUCAUGUUCAGUUUGCAUUUUAAGAGUUGAAUAUAUGAAAAAACCAAUUGGACAUGAACGUUUAACAUCAAAAAACCUAGAAACUAGUGACAAUGACAUUAUCAUUUGGCCUGAUCAUUCACUUCCAUCGAUGCUUAUAUUUGAUAAUACACCAUCGUUUAAUUCGACAAAUCAACUGAAAAAUGAUUCAUUAUGUCGAGAUGAUGUCACUCAUAUGGCAUUGUCAAAUGAUUGUCAUACAAAACUAUAUGUUUUGCUUCGUUCCCUUGGUUUAGAAAAAUAUUGGCCAAUCUUUGAAAAAAAUGAGAUUGAUUUCAAAAUGUUUUUAUCGAUGAGUGAAAGUGAUUUAAUACAAAUUGGCAUUGAAGCGUUUGGUGCCCGGCGAAAAAUACUUCAAGCAGCAUUAGAUUAUACGAUGCUGAAUAAACAAGUUGGUGCUGUUAUCUAA